CUCAAUCUUCCCCCAAAAAAAAAAACAAUCUUCUCUUGGCCUUCCAAAACUUGUUAUUGAGACUUUCUAAAAAUAGACAUCUUCUUCCUUGUGUUCUUCGUCUUCUCAUCGUUGAAGUCUGGAAACAUCAGAAGAUUGAUAUUUUUAGCAGAGUUUUAAUUCUACAGAAACCAUGGAAACGUCACAAGAGCAGAACUUUUUUCAACCCAACGAUCAAACCGUACGCCUUUCUUCAUCAUCAUCAUCUUCUUCCUCUUCUUGUUCUUCCAUAGAAGCAGAGCCAAGACCUGAUGAGAAUCUAAACUAUAACAACAACAGCGUAGACCAAUCUCCACCAACGCAAGUCAUGGAGAGAUCAUCAAACAACACAACCACAGCAACAGCCGCAACGACCUCCUCGACUCCAACCACACCUCCUUACAGAAUCCCUUCACACGUUUUCUCAAGAGCGCCCUCUACAGCUCCAGCUGAAUGGAGCACUCUCUCCAACGAAUCUCUCUUCAGCAUCCGCAUGGGUAACAAUAGCUUCACUGAUAUAGAUUACUUCAAAUCCGGCGAGCUCACGUUUCCUCAGCCUCCUUCCCCGAGAACUCCUCAUAUGCCUUCUCCGCCUGACAAUACAAACCAAGGAGGAGGAGGAGGAGGAAGCGCAGUUGUGGAGGAGGCCAAAACUCCGGUGGAAAUAAGCAAGAAAGAAGCUGAAACAGAGAAAGCUUGCCCCCCAAGUAAAGAGGAAGAGCAAAAGUCUGCAUCAAGUAUAAGAGAGUUUAUCAUGGCUAACGAAGCUGCUAAUAAAGACAACAACAACAGCAACAGCAAAAACAAUAAACUAGAUCGUUCUAUUUCUCGUCGGUCUGAAAACUUGAGCGUCAAGUCUUUCGCUUUUCCAAUAUUGGGGAAUGCAGACAAAGGUGGACUACAAGGCUCAACGCCACAAAAGAAACAAACGAAGACGCCACAGCCAGAGACACCGAAGAGUUCCUCCUCUGAGUCUGAAGGAGAUGAAGGGUUGAAGAAAGAGGAAGCUCCUAAGCCAGAAGCUGACCAUGCCCCUAACCGCACCCCUAGAUGGUUGUUAUCUUGCUUCCCUUGCUGCACAACUUGCUGUGGCUAAGUGAAAGAUCCUUUUGAGGAGGAUUUGAGUUUGAUUUGUGUGUAUGUUAAAGUUUGAUAGAACAAUUUGGUAUAUUAUAGAACUCUGUUCCAAGAUUUUACAAACUUCGUUUGACUUAUAAUGUAUAAAUCUUGUGAAGUAAAACAGAUAACAAUUUGGAUAAAAGCUGUGUCUUUCACUUUUU